UCUUGCCGCCGCCGCCGCCGCUGCUGCCGCGGUUGCUGGGGGUCGGGGAGAGCUGGGGCUGUAGCGGGCCGUGGAGAGUCCGUCUCGGCCGCCGUUUUUGCCCGAGGAGACUUCCUUCCUAGGUCGCACCCUGACUCCCGUGGUGUCGAGGGGGAGUCCCUGCGGACACCUCUGCACGCAGUGGAGAUGCCUCUGUUUGCCACCAAUCCCUUCGAUCAGGAUGUCGAGAAAGCAACCAGUGAGAUGAAUACUGCUGAGGAUUGGGGCCUCAUUUUGGAUAUUUGUGAUAAAGUCGGUCAGUCUCGCACUGGACCUAAAGAUUGUCUUCGGUCUAUUAUGAGGAGGGUAAACCAUAAAGAUCCUCAUGUGGCUAUGCAGGCUCUCACCCUUCUAGGAGCAUGUGUAUCAAACUGUGGCAAGAUUUUUCACUUAGAAGUAUGUUCGAGAGAUUUUGCUAGUGAAGUAAGCAAUGUAUUAAACAAGGGUCAUCCUAAAGUGUGUGAAAAAUUGAAGGCUCUUAUGGUUGAAUGGACAGACGAAUUCAAGAAUGAUCCACAGCUUAGUCUAAUAUCAGCAAUGAUUAAGAACCUGAAGGAACAGGGUGUUACGUUUCCAGCUAUUGGCUCUCAGGCUGCAGAGCAAGCGAAAGCAAGCCCAGCUCUGGUAGCCAAGGAUCCUGGUACUGCGGCUAACAAAAAAGAAGAGGAAGAUUUAGCGAAAGCCAUUGAGUUAUCCCUGAAGGAACAAAGACAGCAGUCAACCACCCUUUCCACUUUGUAUCCAAGCACAUCCAACCUCUUAACUAACCAUCAACAUGAAGGCCGGAAAGUUCGUGCUAUAUAUGACUUUGAAGCUGCUGAAGAUAAUGAACUGACUUUUAAAGCUGGAGAAAUUAUUACAGUUCUUGAUGACAGUGACCCCAACUGGUGGAAAGGGGAAACCCAUCAAGGCAUGGGGCUCUUCCCCUCGAAUUUUGUGACUGCAGAUCUCACUGUUGAGCCUGAAAUGAUUAAAACGGAGAAGAAGACAGUACAAUUUAGUGAUGAAGUUCAGGUAGAAACGAUAGAACCAGAACCAGAACAAGCCUACAUUGAUGAGGAUAAAAUGGACCAGUUGCUACAGAUGUUGCAAAGUACAGAUCCCAGUGAUGAUCAACCGGAUCUUCCAGAGUUACUUCAUCUUGAAGCAAUGUGUCACCAGAUGGGGCCUCUCAUUGAUGAGAAGCUGGAGGAUAUCGAUAGAAAACAUUCAGAACUCUCAGAACUGAAUGUUAAAGUGAUGGAAGCCCUGUCCUUGUAUACCAAGUUAAUGAAUGAAGACCCCAUGUAUUCCAUGUAUGCAAAAUUACAGAAUCAGCAGUAUUAUAUUCAGUCAUCUGGUGUUUCUGGUUCUCAGCACAAUGGUCAGCCCCGUCCCGGGAAGUACGUAUCCCAGCCCGGCUUCAGUGUACAGUCCUCCCCCUGCCGCCACAGCUGCUCCCGACGUCACCAUCUACCAGAACGCAGGGACCAGCCUGUCCCAGGUGCCGAACUAUACAUUACCGUCCACAAUGCCCCAGCCUGGGGGCAGCCAGCAGCCACCUCAGCCGCAGCAGCCGUACUCCCAGAAGGCUCUGCUAUAGGACUGGAGUCCCCUUUGUGGCAGAUACCCGCCGAUCGCCAAUGGCAAUGUUACGAGAUCCUUUAAUAUCUUAAGAUUGGUUCACCCUCAGCUUAUAGGAAUCGUAUCUUGGUCAACACGUUCCAAUGUUCAAGAAGGGAGAUCCCUCUUCAAUUUGCACUGACUUUUUAGAGGGUCUCCCCUCCCCUCCCCUGUGAGGAAUGAAACUACUUACAACAUAUAAUUCCUUUCAUAAUAUGAAAGGAUCAGUGCAAGAUUAUCUGUCUCGUAAAACCACCUGGCCUGCAAAGAGUCAAACUUACCAACACUGUUGUGGCAAACGUUGUGUUCAUAGGUUGCUGUGUAGCUUCACUACUGGCCAUUUUGAAUCACGAGUGGUGAUCAUGUGAAUAUAUUUAACACUGUUAAAUUAAUUGACCUUGCUAUUUUAUUUUAAUCAUGAACAGCUACCAUGUUCCAUAAUGUUUUGUGUAAAUUGAAGAUAAUUACAGUAUCCUUUUAAACUGCAAGAGAAAAACUGUAGCAUAUGUACAUGAAGGUGUUAUGUUGUCCCCGUUUCAGUUUCCCAUUCAACUGAACAUUCCUGGGAGUAAUUGGGAGCUGAACGCACAUAUGUUACGUCAUUCUGUAGCCUCUGCAUACUACUAGCUGUCAUCACACCAGCGUACAGUAGCUAAAUUUUUGGUGCACUUCUAGCAAAUGAUGAUGUUCCCCUUUAAACUUUGACAUUUUGGCAUGAUAUAUCAGAAUACUGUGGGACCAUGAGACAAAAAUCAAGUUGAACUGCAUUCUUUUAUACCUUAACUUUUAAAGAGAUAAUGUCGAUUUACUUUUUCCUAGUUGAAGAUAGUAAUUAGGUUUCUAAGCUGUAUACUGUGUUUAUUGGUGGCAGUGACACCAAAGAUAGAGGCAAAGGAUAGAAGCUUUCAAACUGGAAAGAGAACAUGAAUUACACUACAAUUUCAGUCUCUUGUAAUUAUUUAGGCUACGGUGAAAUUCAAUUCAUCUGUCGUAUUCCACUGCUAGUCUUUUAAAUAUGUCUUUAACACAUUGUAUCCUUUAAUUCUUCAUUAAAAUGAGUGUAAGUAGAUGUUUCAAAGUCAUCUAGAUUCCUGGCUUUGCUUAACAGUUUGUAUAUUUAUUCUUGUCUUUGAAACUGGAUUUAUAGGCUGUUUUCUCUCUCUCCUCUCUUUUAAAGUUCCCGAAUGGAAUUAUUUUGGCUUCUUAUUCAGAAGCAGUUUUGAAUGAAUGCUUUUUCUUUUAAUCCAUAUGAAAUAUGUUUUCUGCUGAUAUUUUAAUCUCCUUAAAUAUUUAUAAUUUCCCAAGUUGUGCUGUUAUUUAACACUAUUAUUGAAACAACUGAAGAAUUGAGUACCGUAGUAAAUGAAUUGAUUUAUUAACAGGUUUCACACCAUAAAUGAAGAUUUAAUUUGUAUUUUCUGAGACAAUUGUGAUCAGGUACUUGCUUUCCCUUUUGACACCAUGAUUCUACCUUUGACAAGGUAGGUUCAAAUUUACAUCACCCUAAUUUGUGUUUUCCUAAGUUUAGAGUACUUUGCCCUCAAACAGUAAUUUUAAAAUUCGAAAUCAAACUUUACAUUAAAAUUUUUAAUAUGUUGUUUUUUGCUAAACAUUGUCAAAAGAUUGUAAUAUUUUCCAUUGCCAUUUGAAUAGUUUAAGUGAUACACUUUGUGUCAAUUCAUACUGUAUUUUUCUCUGUUUUUUGAUAAAUUCCCCAAUACCAAUGGCAAAAUGUAUCAUUGUCCCAUUUUAUUUUGAUACGCUUCAUGCUGUAAAAUCAAUGACAUAUUCUCUAGUAUGUGUUUUGCCUUGUAAAAGUCAAAGAAUGGUGAAAUGAAAAAAGGCUAUCCUUAUUACAAGGCAUAUGUAAGUUUCUUUACCUAGUCAUAUUACUAGGCUUUUAUAAAGAUUUAAAUGAUGAAUACUUAAAAAUACUUAAAACUAAUACUAUAUUAUAAGCUUGCAGCUUUCUUUUACUAGGCUUCCCUAGUGGCUCAGUGGUAAAGAAUCUGCCUGCAGAGCAGGAGAUGCUGGUUUGAUCCCUGAGUUGAGAAGAUCCCCUGGAGAAGGAAAUGGCAACUCACUCCAGUUUUCUUGCCUGGGAAAUCCCAUGGAUAGAUGGCGGGUUAUGUUAGUCCAUGGGGUCACAAAAGAGCUGUAGAUGACUUGGCAACUAAACAGCUUUCACUUACUAGGUAUGAAAAUACCAGAUGGAAAAAAUUCCACUGAAAAGGAAGCACUGGAUUUUCCAUCUUUCAGGUGCCAGGGCAAGGAUAGAAAUAGGAAAGGACUAAUUAGGAGCACAGUGAUUUUGUUCUGCAACCAGAGUGUGUGCUGCACUUUUGUAAAAUUUUUCUUUAACAGGUAGCUGUCCCCUUUUAAAGGGAAUUGAAUUAUUUAUAAAAUAAAUUAGCUAUAAUAAGAAUUUCUGGGAAGCAAAUUUUACUUCUCAGUAAAACUCUUUUUGCUUUUAUAAAGUAAAAGUAAAAAGUUUUUUUUACUUUUAUAAAGUUUUAUAAAGUUUGUGUAUCCAUAAGCCAGUGACAUCUGAAUGGCAAAAUUCUGCCCAGUUACUGUCUAGCAAGAGUAGCUAACAAACCCCAUGGUCAGUCGGAUGACUAAUACAUCAGUCUCCUAAACCUACCUACUAGUAAUAAGACAUAGUGCGUCCUUCCCCUGAUUUCCCCUAACUCCGUGGUCCUGCUUUGCUGUUCCUGUCUCUCCUACUCAUGAGGAACCUUUUUCUGUGCCAGAGAUUUUCUUCACUGUAUUAAAAACUUCUGAAAGUUUGUCUCUAUACCUCUUAAUUUAUGUAAUUAAAAUGCUUAGUAGACCCCUAGUGUUCUUUUCUCGUAGUUUUCAUAAAUGACACAUGUAUAAAUUCAGCAUGAAACUUACCUUUAGUCCCAGGCUUCAAGUUUAUAAAAGAUAAAUUAGUGUCCUAUCUGAUAAACUCUGCAUCUGCAAAAACUAUACAAUUAUUUUCUAAAUUCAGGUCCAUUGGUAUAAUUUGUCAGAUUUUCAUUUAAGACAUUAAAAUCACUGUUUUCUUUUUCUCAUCUUAUCAGUUAGCAAUUAUAGAGUGUUGUUGUAUCACUCUUUAUUUAAUAGUAAAAUCAUAUAAUUUUAUAAUUUAAAAAAAGUUUUUCAUUGUCAAUGAAUCUUUGUACCCUUUAGAAUAAAGAAAAGCUUACUUAACUGUUUCUCAAAGACCUUAUGUUCAGUUAUCUUUUAUUUUAGAAUCAUGAUUAAGUGUUCUUGUCAAAACCUAGAUUAUUUUCUUUCUUUUUUUUAAAGAUUUUUUUUUUUUGAGGUGAACCAUUUUUAAAGUCUUUAAUGAGUUUGUUACAAUAUUGUUUCUGUUUUAUAUUUUAUUUUUUAUGAGCGUGAGGCAUGUGGAAUCUUAGCUCCUUGACUAGGGAUCGAACCUGCACCCCCUGCUUUGGAAGUUGAAGUCUUAACCACUGGACCACCAGGGAAGUCCCUAGAUUAUUUUCUGUGCUAUUUAUGAUUACAGCCCCUGUUUCUAAUCAACGCUUCCUUGAAUUUUAUGCCCUCUUUUUUUAAUAUGGUCUUCCUUUGAGAUUAUUUUUCCCUCCUGAUUUUUCUUGCUUCAGAAAUAUUUUUUCCAUACAGAUUUCUUUAUUGAACAAAGCCUAACUCUUUAUUGGUGAUAACUUGUGGUCAUACUGUUCUUUGCUGAUUUUCUGACUCCUAGUUUUAUGUUAAUACUUGCCAUUGCCAUUAUUCUCCGUUUCCUGUUUCUUUUCCAGUCAGAGUUUCUGAUAAGGAUUGCAUAUUAAGUGUCAGUAAGCUCCUGCAUAAACAUGAAAGGAACUGGUUCUAAUAUCUUUUGGUGUUCAUAGACUUAAGAAAGUUAUGUGUAUUUUAGAAAAGAGUAUAUUCAAAUUUUUUUAUCUGAUGCCAUCAGUAACAAAUAUUUUUGAGUUUAUGGCCUCAAAAUAUGUGUAUUUACAAAUGGUACAAGUUCUACUGUAGUAAUACGUGUAGUACAUUAUGAAACCCAAGAAAUCUUACAAGGGUAAGAGUAAAGUUUAUUAAUAGAAAUUCUAAUAUUUCUUCGCUUAUCUCUGGUUCAUUAGUCGGUACCCUGGAAUGUGUCUGCCCGAUUAGGAGACCACUGAUGUAGAGGUUACAACUAGACAGAGGGGAAGUACUGUGUUACUAGGUUGGCCCUUUGAAGUCGGCAUCUGAAACUACAAGUGUUGCUUUUCCCAGCCACUCUCUAUGUUGAGAAUUUUCAGAGUUAUAAAAAGAUUGAAAUAAUUGAAUACCUGAGUACUCUUCACCUUGAUUCAUGAAUCAUUAACAUUUUGUUAAUGAUACUUUAUUGUGUGAAUAGGCAAAGUUAGACUUUGCACUAAACUAUAUGCCCAAGCAUUUCAUCAUGUAUUUUGUUAAAGAUAAAUACCUCUUCCUUUAUAACCUAAAACUUUAUCUAAGAAAAUUAAGAAAAUUAACAUCUAAGAAAAUUAACAGUAAUUCUGUAAUAUAAUUAUUACCAAACACCCCUAAUAAUCCCUGUUUUAUAGGUACAGUUUUUUUAAAUUCCAGGAAAUAGAUCACAUUUUUAAUGUCCCUUUAUUCUCUAUGAAUCUGGAUUAAUCUCUUCUUUAUUCCUCCAUGAUUUUUGCCCUUUUAAAGAUCAAACCUGUUGUCUUUUAGUGUGUCCCACAUUCUGGAUUUAUCUCUCUCUUUUUUUUAAAUGUUAAUUAUUAUUUAUUAUUUGAUGCUCUAGUCUCAUUAUAGUCCUCUUUUUUCUUAAUUAACCCUUCAAAAGUUAGUCAGAAUUAUGUGAUUUAUGGUUAAAGGUGGUGAAUCUAAAGUUUUCAAUCUCAUAUCAGAGAAGUGUAUAUGUAAAUGAACAUUUUGAGCCUUCGGAUGUGGUUUUUCUGUAUAAAUAGAGGCUGUGUGCUCAGGCCACUGGUGCUUAGUACAGUUUUGUGUCCUUCUUAUCAAAUUGCAGUUAGAGUCAAUGAAGGAAAUCUGAACCUUUAAAAAUAAUUGGCUCCCUUCUAUCCCCUUUCAAAUCUAAAUCAGCUUUUCUCAAGCUUAUUCAUGUACCUGAUUCACUCACAGUGGCUUUUAAGUAUUUUAGAAAUGGCAUCAACAAGUAUAGAACUUUGUUUUAGGGUGUGUACAUUUUGGCAUGUUUGUUUUAAAAGACUCAUUACCUUUUAUUCAUAUCUUCUAUUAAGAUACUGAAAUCACAUUAAAGGAAGGGAAGUACUUCCUUUUUAAAAAAUCUAGAUUUUAGUUAUUCUCCUGAGAUUGGUUGCCAAAUUGGAAUCAGGCUGAGUAAAAUUUAUUCCCAGAAUAAAGUUAGAAACACAUGCAAGUUACAGUAAUAUACACUAUCAGGUUGUUAAGUAACUGGUUUAAACCCUCAUUUCAGUUGGUUAAUGGCUUUUUAAAAAAACCCAAUAUUUGUAAUCCGUUGUUUUUGUGUCAGGCUAUAUGAAAUUUCUUAAAGUGCAGGAUAAUUACAUAUCUUACUACUUCAAAAAGAGAUCUAGUAUGUAAACAAUUGAGGAUGUUUUUGAUUAAUUGUACCUGAUAUUUUCUGGAAGGUAUUUAAGAUGCCAAAUAUGAAACAUCCAUAUGGUAUGAUUAAAAUACUUGUGUACUGGUUUUGAA